AAGGAAAAUACAUUCAGAGGAAAUUGAAACUCCAUUUCAUUAUGGCUCAAUACGGGAUUCUGGCCUCUGUCGCUAUUGGGGUCGUGUACCUAGUCGUGAACUCCCUCAUCAGUGCAUACUCACGCCACCGGCGUGCCCAGGAACUAGGAUGCAAGAAGCCUGAGAUCCGCCGGAAUAAGUUUCCCGGAGGCAUUGAUUUUGUACUACGUCUGAUCGACGCUACAAAGAGAGACCAAGUUCCCAAUGAGUUUGUCAAGAUCGCUGAGGAACAAGGAAGAGAUACAUGGGAGCAGUCGCUCUGGGGCAAGCCGCAGAUCUUUACGACAAACCCGAAGAAUGUACAGGCUGUACUGGCGACCCAGUUCAAUGACUUUGAGAUUGGAGAACAGAGAAAGCAGGUCUUCUUUCCGAUGUUGGGGAGUGGGAUAUUCACGCAAGAUGGGAAAGAUUGGGAACACUCUCGAGCAAUGCUCCGUCCACAGUUUACGCGUGAUCAGGUCGGCGAUCUCGAACUUGAGGAAUCCCACGUCCAGACGAUGUUCCGCCAUCUCGAGACUGAUUUAUCCGGAUGGACUUCUACUGUUGACCUCGGGCCACUAUUCUUCAAUCUCACCAUUGACUCCGCUACGGAAUUCCUCUUCGGACAGAGCGUACAGUCCCAGCUUUGGUCUCUUCCCGGACAACAAGUCGCCAAUUCCGAAUUCGAUUGGAAAUCUAUUGCAGAACAUUUUGACGGGGGGACUGCUGCAUUAGGUUCUCGUAGUCGGCUUUUCAAACUCUAUUGGCUCUACAACCCAAAAUCAUUCCGCGACGACUGCAAGGAACUCCACCGUUUUGCAGACCACUGCGUCAAGGUCGCACUGGAGAGGGACAAGAACGGGACUGAAGCAUCGGGGGAGAAGCAAAGAUAUGUUUUCCUCCAAGAGCUAGUCAAAGCCACGAAAGACCCCAUCGCUCUCCGCAGCCAACUCCUGAACAUCUUGCUCGCAGGGCGAGACACCACAGCAGGCCUAUUGGGAUGGGCAUGCUGGAGCCUUGCCCGCAAUCCAAGCAUCUACCAGAAGCUCCGCGAAGCCAUCCUCGAAACGUUCGGAACUUAUGAAAACCCGCACGACAUCACCUUCUCGCGCCUCAAGUCCUGUUCGUAUCUCCAAUACACGAUGAACGAGACGCUCCGCCUCUUCCCCUCGGUGCCGCUCAACACCCGGCAGGCCAUAAGAGACACCAGCAUCCCCGUCGGUGGCGGGCCCAACGGACUCUCCCCCGUCUUCGUGCGGAAGGGGCAGGAGGUCACGUAUUCCGUCUACGCGAUGCAGCGCCGCAAGGAUAUCUGGGGUAUCGACGCCGACCAAUUCGAUCCGGAUCGCUGGUACGGCCGGAAAGCGAAUUGGGAAUACCUCCCGUUUAAUGGGGGCCCGCGCAUCUGUCUCGGUCAGCAGUUUGCGCUCACAGAGGCGGGCUAUGUCCUGACGCGCCUCAUUCAAAAGUUUGAUAAGAUUGAGAACGUGGACCCGAUCUCGGAAAUCAAACAUCAGUAUAGUGUUACGAGUGCCCCGAGACGGGUGUUGGUUAGAUUGCAUGAGGCGGGGAAGGUGUAAACUGGUGGGAUUGGGGGGUGGAAAGGUUAGCAAAGGGGGGAUGGGGGCUGGAGGGGGCUUUGGAAGUCCGAUGAUCAUAUACUGAAUGAUCUUUUGAGCAGCUCUUUCUUUGGAUAGCGAUUGCAACCACUUUGAUAGUCAAUAUUGAUCUUCAUAUUUGGGAAUCUUUCAG